AUGGCAGGUGAGCCCGCGACCUCGGCCGAAGCUCCGCAGGACAACUGCCGCCUCCUUUCUCUGCCACCAGAGCUUCUCGCCUUGAUCUUCGGAUACUGCUUUGCGGAGCAGCGCACCUACAGGGUGUGGAUUACGCAAGACGAUGUCUGGGGCCGGUGGGAUGAUCCGGACGAUCCACCCGAGACGGCAGUUCUGUACGCUUGCAAGCGCAUUCAAGAAGAGGCCAAACCAAUUUUUCACCAGCAGACGCGCCUGGACGUCGACAUCGAUCUCGGACGCGAACCCCUCACUACAGACGUCUACCCUGAUCUGAAAUCGCUUGGGUCAAUCUCCGAGAUCAAGGAGUACUCCGCGCUCCAACAUGUACAAGACCUCGAGCUAUCGAUCUGGCCGAGCAGAAAAUUCUAUCGGACGGUGAGGAAGGUUCGAACAUUACUCAAAGCUAUCUCCGCUUCAAACGUCAUUAACAAACUGGAUCUGAGGCUAUUCGAAGACUCGGAGGAGGCUUACCCUACGGUGUACGAAAAUCUGAUGGAGGUGAUGCAGGCGAAUGGUGUUGAUGUCGAGUUCAUCAAGCUGAAACAGAUGUAUUAG